AUGUGGCCUCUCACGCAGGCGAUUCCUGGCUGCAAGACUACCUACGAGGUCCUCAAGGAGGGCUCUGGCGCCGUCAUCCAGGCCCGCAGCAAUGCGACGGUGCAUGCGACCGGCGUGGUGAAAGAGUCAGGCAAGAAGUUUUGGAGCACCAAAGAUCCUGGACAGCAGCCGUUCUCAUACCAGGCUGGAGUGGGAAAGGUGAUCAAAGGCUGGGACCAGGGCUGCCUUGGAAUGAAGGAGAGGAAGCUGAUCAUCCCGGCAGACGAGGCUGCCUUCAACUUGACGGAUUCUGAAAGGGACGAACGACAAGAGGGCUCUCUGGUGUCCCAGGCGCAAAAUGGAGUGAACGAGGAUGCGUGGCCGGGACCGUUUGAGGAUGUCUUCAUUUACAUCAUCUGCCAGGAAGCAGCCGAACUACCAAAAGUCAGGAACUACAUUGAGAAGGCUGAUGCUGUCGCAACCAGGCAAGGUCGAGUCCUGCGGCAUGUCAUUUUCAACCUCAAUCUCAACAAGCUGAGGGGCGACAUUGAGUUUUACAACAAGUUGCUUCCCUUCCAGCCUGGGCAAGCUACACCCAAGGUCCACCUGGAUUUCUUCUCCACCUUCCGCAACUCUUACUUGAUUCGAUUUGGAAAGUACACGCAGACUGUACUGCGAGACCCCUUCAACAUCAGCUACGUGGGUGCCAUGUAUCAUGCCUAUCCCAGUCCGUGGCAGGUGUUUAUGCAGGAUCCCGAUGGAAACUACCAGCCAAUUCACGCCACCGAUCUUCGUCCAUCAAUCCAGUGCGUAAAGCGUAAGCUGCAGCGGGCAAACGGCCUGUGGCGGGAUGUUGGGCUGCCGGAGGACGAGGAUGAGGACGACGUGUACAAAGUCGUCGACAUGAAGGCGGCGGGAACCAUCAACAAGACGGUGCUGCAGUUCAUCAAAGAAGGUGCCGGAGAUGCGCUGUGGUGGGAGGAAGAGUUCGAGGAUGAAGUGAGUCGCAAGUGGCGCCUGGCCUAA